UGACGAAUGGGAGGCGAGAGCAGCUCAUAAAGGCGGCGGAGGGGACCCGUGCCAGGAGCACUUCAAAGCAGCAGAAGAAGAAGUAGAAGACGCCAAACGAGAAGAAGCACAUCUAGACUUUCUGGUGAUGGAGAGCAUGCGUCUGGUCUUUCUUCUGUCCGUCUGCCUGUCCACGCUGACGUCCUUCUGUGAGGGUCAAAGGUCGGCCGACGCUCAGGUUCCGGCCGCCGCGCCCGAUGAUCCCAUCCUGGGACUGGCCAAGGUGGACCUGGCAGAGGCGCUGCAGGCUUUCGUGGACGAGGCGGAAAGCAGAGUGGGCCUCUCGGUGGAGAAGAAGGCCAGCGUCAUCCCGCGGUGUGAUGUUGGCGAGCGCUGCGCGAUGAAACAUGGGCCCCGAUUUGGCCGACUGUGCGACUGUCUGCGGGGGGCGGCGUGCAACACCUUCUUCCUGCGCUGCUACUGAGGGCACCCAAAACCUUCUUGACCCAUUGUUUGAACUCAAAUGUGUCCUUGUUGUCCUUUGUCAAAUAAAUGUUGUUCCCCACUUCCACUGUAAGACAUCUAAACGCUCAUACAGGACAAUAAACAUGUCCAAUAUGUCUUUGUCUUUGUCCAUUCACCAUGCAGCCGCUUCUGUGAGUCACUAAUCAAUGUGCAGGGUUAUGUCUGGCUUUGGGUACCUUACUUCCAGGCCUGGUCACCCACUAAGGUACCCAAAAAGGUCGCAAAUUGCGUCCCUUUGUGUCGCUUUGUUGCGAGAAUAUUUUUGGCAAUCACAAGUUGAUCGUCCAAUCAAAGGCGAGCGCGCUG